AUGGCGCUCGCAGAAGCGGACUACGCGAUGGACGAUGUCGAGGACGAGUCCCAGCCUGAUUAUGCCGAAGGCGAGCCUGAAUUUGGGACGCAAUCCGAAGACUCGGAAGGUGUGUCCGAUGUGUACGAGUCGCACGAGGAAGACGAGCUCGUGGACGAGAUGGAAGACGCGCCGACCCCCGAGACGAACCGCAAGAGCCGUGGGAAGACGCUGCGUGUGCGCCUCUCACGCAGCAAGUCUUCCACCGAUAGCACACCACAGUCUACACCGUCGCGGCGACUCUCCGGCCGCUUGCCGAAACGGACGAUGCUCGCGCGCGCGGCACAAGAUUCGGAAGAGGACGACGACGAGCUCGACGACUCUGACGACUCCGAGAUGGAGCGCAGCAGCGAUGCGCCGAUGACUGCGCGCCAAGUAGCGCGCCUCAAUAAGCAGCGCGGCGUCGCGACGCAAGAACUCGUGGAGCUGCCGAUGGAGGACAGAUCCAAGCGCGCCAAACUCACCGAAACAGAGCUUGCGCUGCGCCGCUCCGAGACGGCACGCCGGCGACGGAACCAGAGCGAGAAAAAGCUAGAGGACGAUAAGAUCGAGACCAUUAACCGUCUUUUGAAGAAACAAGUCGGCAAGGUGCGGAGCGGCAAGCACCAGACGGACGACGAAUUGCACGCAGAUGCACCGCGCGAUAUGCGCGCAAACUAUCCCCUGCCCAUGUUCCGCUACAUUAGCCGCGCGGAAAACAGCGUGCUGGCCGUGCCGCUCGCAGAAGACGGGCGAGAAGGAGCGUAUGCACAUGCACUUCGCUCCGCAUUUGGCCAAUACGACGCACGCGCAGCCGUGUAG